AUGGCUUCAUGCAUAGAUUUAGUUCCAUGGGCCCGACUGCACAUGAGACCACUUCAGCUUUAUCUUCUAGCUUGGUGGAGACCAGCUCUACACAGUUUAAAUCGUUUGAUUCCACUGUAUCAACCUCUCCAGGAAUAUCUAUUCUGGUGGCUAAACCGAAGAAAUUAUUUCAAGGGAGUGCUAUUAGAACAAGAAUCUGCUCAAGUGACUCUAGUGACAGAUGCGUCACAGUCGGGAUGGGGAGCUCAUAUAAACAAUUAUCAGAUAGCAGGUGUUUGGUCGCCUCAGUACAAAGUAAAACAUAUCAAUUGGCUAGAACUCAAAGCUGUGCAGUUAGCACUGCAAACAUUUCUGAUAAAAGUACAAUUCAUAAGUGUGCUAGUGAGAACAGACAAUGCAACUGUCGUCAGUUAUCUGAACAAACAGGGAGGUACACGAUCCCCAGACCUUUGUUACUUGGCACGGGAUCUUUUGAAAUGGUGUAUAAAUCACAAUGUCAAAAUCCAAGCUGUUCAUAUUCCGGGAAAAGAGAAUAUUAUAGCAGUUGCCCUGUCAAGAGGGAAAAUGACCAUUCGUUUGACAGAAUGGGCAUUGAAUACGACAAUGGUGAAUUUGCUAAUACUUCAGCUAGGAACACCAGUAAUAGAUCUGUUUGCGACUUCAAUGAAUAAGAAGCUGCCAGUGUUUUGCUCUCCUUGGCCGGAAGAAACAGCAGUGUCAAUAGAUGCACUGUCAAUGAAAUGGACAAAUCUAUUUGCUUAUGCAUUCCCGCCACUGAUCAUUCUAAACAGAGUAUUACAAAAAAUACAGAAAGAGGACUGUGUAAUUUUACUAAUAGCGCCAAUGUGGCCGAGACAGUCGUGGUACAGUCAACUUAUCAACCUGUUAAUAAACUUUUCAAUACAACUGCUUGUCCAACAAAAUCUAUUAAGUCAAAAUGGAAUUUUUCAUCCAAAUCCAAGUGUUCUAAAUCUUGUAGCUUGGAAAGUGUCAAAAGAUCUUACACUGCAAAAGGAUUUUCACCAAAAAUUACUUCAAUUAUUUCCAAUGCACGAAAACAAUCAACACAGACAGUUUAUAAUGCAAGACUCAAGAUAUUUGACAGCUGGUGUCAAGAACGGAGUAUCAAUCCCAGUACGGCAACUGUGCCAGAAAUAG